AUGUCUCACGACAGUAUAGAAGUUAAUUUUGUGACCCAUGAGAGCGAGACGAAAAAAAUCCCACCGCGAAAACGCGUUUUUGAUGCCGAUGAAGCGAAGAAGAAUCCUUCACGCCUCCCGGAUAUCAGUGAACCAAAAGCUAAACGAUGGAAAGCAGGUUCUUCGGCGGGUGGUUUCGGAGGAAGCGAAAGCCUCAUUCGCCACCAAAAAUCUUCGCUUUUCGGAAAAAAUCCUGAAAUCCCGAAAUUGAAUCACAAGUCUGUCGUACCGGUUUCGGAGAAAGUUUUCUCCACGACAAAUUUUUCGGAAUCCGGCGUGCAUCCGUUUUUGGUACAGAGUUUAAAGGCUCAUUACAAUAUCGAACACAUGACGGAAAUUCAGUUGAAGGCGAUUCCGAUUGCCUUGCAAGGCCGAGAUAUUUUGGUGAAGUCACAAACGGGGUCUGGUAAAACUCUGACUUACGUUACACCGAUUCUGACCAUGUUGCAAGCUGUGAGACCCAAGAUAACCCGUGACCAUGGAUGUUACGCCUUGGUUGUCGUGCCCACGCGAGAGUUGGCAUUGCAGACCUACGAAUGGCUCCGAGUUUUGUGUCGGUCGUUUGCGUGGAUCGUGCCUGGCGUUUUCACGGGUGGAGAGAAGCGUAAAAGUGAGAAGGCGAGGAUACGGAAAGGAAUCAAUAUUUUAGUUUCGACGCCGGGAAGACUUCUGGACCAUGUAACAAACACGAUGAAUGUCACUUUAAAUCGGGUUCGUUGGUUGGUUUUGGAUGAAGCUGAUCGUCUCACCGACAUGGGCUAUGAGAGGGAUAUCUCCAAGAUUGUGCAAGCUUUAGACGCGCAAAAAGCUGAGGAGCGACAAACAAUACUCUUGUCCGCCACUUUGACGCCAGCUGUGGAGCGCUUAGCUGGUUUGGCUAUGAAGGACAGAGUUUAUGUGGAUGUAGCUGAUGUAUCCGAAGAAAGCCACGGAAAACUCACAGGUUUUGCGCUUCCAGCUCAUUUGAAGCAUCAUUAUGUUGUAGUUCCUCCGAAACUAAGGCUGGUUUCACUUCUGACUUUCCUGCUGGACAAAACGUGUAACGGCAGCGAAGGAAAAAUCAUUGUCUUCAUGGGAACGCAAGAUAUGGUCGACUUCCAUGCGGAAUUGUUUACGCGAAUUUAUGCCGGAGCAGACGGGAAGUCAAGUGGAGUGGACGAUGAAGAUCUUGAGGACGACGAAGGACUAUUGGAUGCUAUAGACAAAGCUAGCAAAAAGCGCAGACCUGUUAAGGCAUACAUUGCUCGAUUACACGGCAAGAUGGAACAGAAAGAAAGAACCGCCAUUUUUUCCAAGUUCAGGGACACUAAGGCAGGGAUACUUUUGUGCACGGACGUUGCAUCACGAGGAUUGGAUUUACCCAAAGUUCAUUGGAUUGUUCAAUACAAUGCUCCCACUGCCAUUGAAGAUUAUAUUCAUCGGGUUGGACGAACAGCGAGGGUCGGGAAUCACGGGAAUGCCUUGCUUUUUCUCGCUCCAUCGGAAUGUUCCUUCCUGGAGCAUUUGGAAGAUUUUCAAAUCAAAUUCAUUGAAAUGUCUGGAGAAGAUAUCCUUGCAACCUUAUUGCUUUUGGACGCAGAAGUGUGUCCUGGUCGAUCCAUGGAAGAGCGUGCGACGAAGUUACAAACAACAUCUGAACUGCUCCUAAUCGCUGACAAGCAAUUGCAUCAAAAGGCUGUGGACGCGUUUCGGUCAUUUGUCAACUUCUAUGCUACAUACCCCCGUGACCUCAAAAGAGUCUUCUGUAACAGAACGAUUCAUUUGGGUCAUUAUGCGAAGAGUUUCGCGUUACGCGAGUCGCCGUCGGAAUUGGCGCGGUUCCGAAGAAAACAGGUGUUCACGGGGCCACAA